AUGUUUGGGACCGCGGCCGCAAUUUUCCCUAUAAUUAACCCUCGUCCUUACGACGUAAUUCCUAAAGUACCCCUGUCCCUAUUUAAACUGACCUCCACGAAGACAAGCCUGCUAAAAAUUAGGGUUUCUUCCUUACGCUUCCACCGCCUUAGUCGAGUGCUGGUUCCAAAUCAAAUCAAUACCUUUGGAGGCUUUGUUUUUCUUGCUUUGCCUUCCAUUAAAAUGGCAGAUGGCGAAUCUGAUAAGAACAUUGAGAUAUGGAAGAUCAAGAAAUUGAUCAAAGCAUUGGAAUCCGCUAGAGGCAAUGGAACCAGCAUGAUAUCACUUAUAAUGCCUCCACGAGAUCAGAUCUCUAGGGUUACCAAAAUGCUUGGUGAUGAAUUUGGAACGGCUUCAAACAUCAAAAGUAGGGUGAAUCGUCAAUCAGUGCUUGGGGCUAUUACUUCCGCCCAACAAAGGCUGAAGCUUUACAAUAAGGUUCCUCCAAAUGGUUUGGUUCUUUACACUGGUACUAUUGUUACUGAAGAUGGCAAGGAGAAGAAGGUGACAAUUGAUUUUGAGCCUUUCAAACCCAUCAAUGCAUCAUUAUACCUUUGUGAUAAUAAGUUUCACACAGAAGCCUUAAAUGAACUAUUGGAAUCUGAUGACAAAUUUGGCUUUAUAGUCAUGGAUGGUAAUGGCACUCUUUUUGGCACGUUAAGUGGAAAUACAAGAGAGGUGCUUCACAAAUUUACUGUAGAUCUUCCGAAGAAGCAUGGUAGAGGAGGACAAUCUGCUCUUCGAUUUGCACGUCUGAGGAUGGAAAAACGACACAACUAUGUGAGAAAGACUGCGGAACUAGCCACACAAUUCUUCAUUAAUCCCAAUACCAGUCAGCCUAAUGUUUCUGGCCUUAUACUUGCUGGUUCUGCUGACUUCAAGACCGAAUUGAGCCAAUCAGAUAUGUUUGAUCCCCGCUUACAGGCCAAGAUACUCAACGUUGUUGAUGUUUCCUAUGGUGGGGAAAAUGGUUUCAAUCAAGCUAUUGAGUUGUCGGCAGAGAUUCUAUCAAAUGUUAAGUUCAUACAGGAGAAACGCUUAAUUGGCAAGUAUUUUGAGGAGAUCAGUCAGGAUACUGGGAAAUAUGUAUUUGGUGUAGAUGACACGCUGAAGGCACUGGAGAUGGGUGCUGUUGAAACCCUGAUUGUGUGGGAGAAUUUAGAUAUAACUAGAUAUGUCUUGAAAAAUAGUGCCUCUGGUGAGAUUGUCAUUAAGCACCUGAAUAAGGAGCAAGAGUCUGAACAGAAUCAAUUUAGGGAUGCAACCACUUCUGCAGAGUUGGAGGUUCAGGAGAAAUUGCCAUUACUCGAGUGGUUCGCCAAUGAAUACAAGAAAUUUGGUUGUACACUUGAAUUUGUCACAAACAAGUCACAAGAGGGGUCACAAUUUUGCAGGGGAUUUGGUGGCAUUGGGGGCAUUCUUCGUUAUCAGCUCGAUAUAAGAUCAUUUGAUGAACUGUCUGAUGAUGGAGAAGUCUAUGAAGAUUCUGACUAG